AUGAUCGACCAUCUGCUCGGACGUCCCUCGACGCGCCUCAAGCGCCUCCAGGUGCUCCUCGUGCUGGCCUUCUGGGGCUCCGUGCUGCGCUCGGGCCCGCGCAAUGGGCCGCGCCGCGUGCCGGUGCUGCGUAAGGCGAAUGCCUGGGCCGCGCGCUUCUCGCCCUGGCAGCUCAUCGUCGCGACCCUCACCUCCAUCUACGCCGUGCGCCACGUCGAUGCCCUCUUUGGCUUCGGCGCGCCCGAGCCGCUGGCACGCAUGUACUCGCGCUCCUUCUACCGCGUGACAUGGAUUGUGACAGCACUCGAUGCCGGCUUCGCGACGGCCAUGACAAUCCGUCCCGUGUGGCUACGUGACAUUGCGUCGCUGGCAUUCUCCAUGUACUAUCUGAUCUAUGCAAACGAGGCCGAUGAGAAGCUGCGCAAGUUCCGCGCCUUCUGCACGGUCGAGAUGAUGCGCGCAACGUGGCACAAGACGACAAAUCCGUACAUUCGAGCAUUCACCCGUCCGCACCGGCCCUCGCUCGGCAUCGCGCGUCCGCUGCUGCUGCCGCGCCCCACGCUCGGCGCACACGCCAAGCGCCCGACUCGCGCAUGGCUCUUCUACUCGGGCAGUGAGCGCGAGCUGCGAGAGGAAGAGGAGCUGCUAGUGGACCUGCCCGGCGGCGGCUUCGUGUGCAUGGAUCCGCGUCACCACGAAGAGCGUCUGCGCCAGCUGGCAAAGGAGAUGCAGCGACCCGUGCUGUCCGUCGAUUACUGCAAGGCGCCCGAGUAUCCAUACCCCUACGCGCUCGAGGAGUGCUACGACCUGUACCGCACACUGCACGAGACGGGCGGCCGCGUCAUCGGCAUGUCCGGCUCGCCGCGCUUCCGCACGCUGCUCACGGGCGACAGCGCCGGCGGCAACCUGGCCACGGGCGUGCUCCUCAAGGUCAUCGAGUACCCGCAGCCGCACAUCCGCAGCGCCUUCGCCGCGCACGCCAACGGCGGGCCGGGCAGCAAGCCGCCGGAGCUGCCGAAGCCGCUGGCCAUGGUCUUUGCGUACCCCAGCCUCAACUUUGGCUUCAGCGCGUGGAUGAAGCCCGAUCACAUUCGUGUGCUGCGGCAGCAGAGCGAGGUGAAUCUGCAGUCAUUGGCAGACGAGUCGCCCCAGACGGGACGGCGCUCCUCUCCGCUCAACCCGUCCAGCAGCUCGACACGCUCGCGCUCGCGCUCGCGCCGCUCCAGCAUCUCUUCGCCGUCGGUCAUGCGGCCCUCGACGCCGCUUGCGAGCAGCAGCGGCUCGGGCGGCAUUCUCAGCAAGGCCGGCGCGGCCGCCAAGGACAAGCUUGCGGGCCGCCGCGAGACGAAGCGCAGCUACAGCUCGCUCGCCGAGCAGGCGCAGCUGCAUCUGGCCGAGCGCGCGCGCUUUGCCGAGGCCGAGGGCAACACGAGCGACGAGGGCGGCCUGGCGUCGCCGCAGAAUACGUCGCUCGACGUGGCGGGCGAGUGGGACAAGGAGGUGUGGAUGGGCCGCGUGAAGCGCACCGAGGAGAGGGAGGUCGAGACCAACGGCUUUGGACUGCACGACGUGAUGGACCCGGAGAAAGCCGCUGCGCUCAAGGCCGAGGAGCAGCAGCGAGCCCUUCAGGCCGCUACGACGCAGGCGGACAAGGAGCGCAGCGCGCGCGACAAGCGCGCUGCUGGCGGCACGCGCCUCACGAUGAGCAGCAUGAGUGGCUACUUCCAGGAUCGCAUCCUGACGCAGAGCAUGAUGCGCGCCAUGGCCAUCCUGUACAUCGGUCCUCGCCGCCAGCCUGACUUCGACCACGACUAUUAUCUCUCGCCCAUCGUCGCUCCCGCGCGUCUGCUUGCCGAGUUCCCGCCGAGCCUUUUCAUCUGCGGAGAGAAGGACCCGAUUUGCGACGACACGGUCGUGAUGGCGGGGCGCAUCCGCGAGGCCAAGCUGGCGAAGCAGGCCGAGCUGCGGCGUCGUCGGGCCGGCGCCACGGCGCGCUUUGGCGAGCAGCUGCGCAUGAGCGUCGAGCGCGGCCAUGGCGUGUCGCCGGACGCCAUCGAGGACGAGACGACGGAGGACUGGGUGCAGAUGCGCAUCAUCGAGGGCUACUCGCACGGCUUCCUUCAAAUGUCGGCGCUCCUGCCUGAGGCCAAGCAGAUCAUCUCCUUCAUCGGCAGCUGGAUGACCGAGUCGUUCGAGGACUACAACGAUGCGCAGCACGAGGCUGAUGUGGUGCUGCGUGCCGUGCAGGUGCAGCAGCUCCCGCCCGCCUCACCCGCCAAGCCAGCAGCGCCGCGGCCGAAACUCGCUUCGCCACUGCUGGAGGCCCGUGGUCGAAGCCUCGCGCCUCGUCCUGCCGACGAAAACGACGAUGACGACGACGAUGAGCCGCUGAGCUUCACGCCCAAGAACCGCCGCUCUCCGUCGGUCGCGACGAACGAACUUUCGUCGCCACGCCUCGGUGCCUCGCUCGAGGCAUCGGGCAGCGGCAGCAGUCUGCGUCUGCCGGCAGUGGCUGGUCUGCAGCGUCCGCCCGUCGGGCGCCCGGCGUCCUUUUCCACGCCCGACGACGCGCCGGGACGUCCACGGCAAGUCUCUGCGCUUCUGGACGAGCCGGCACGCGACAGUGCGCGACGGCGCUCAAGCGACGCCUCGAGCAACGGCACAGCAGGCGCGGCGUCGAGCCGACGUGCAGCCCGCGAGGCGGCCGGCGUGCUGCUGGCGCCCAACGGCGCGCUUCGGCGAGGCAGCAAGGAGCCCGGCGCAGACGAGACGUACAAGUCGCUCCUCGUCAACGAGAGCAGUUUGCUGCAACGCCGCCGCGAGGACGCCCUUGCGUCUAUGGGGCACAGCACCAGCGCGGUUCACUCGGAUGACGACAGCGAGUGA